AUGAAAUUUUACACCAACACUGGCUGGUCCACGGCGUGGGCGCGGCAGCAGCUUCCGGAGGCAGACGAGCGCCGAGCGGCCGAGGAGCACCGGCCCACCGCGCCAGCACGUAGGCUGUGGGCAUCGGCCGCCACCGCCGCGGACGACGACGAGGGUUUGGCACUUUGGCCUCCGCCAUGGCGUCGGCGUCGCGCGCGCGGCACGCUCCUCCUCUCCCGUGCGCUCCAGGGCGGCCGUCGCAUCCCCACCCUCCUGCGCCCGAUCGCUGCGUCCGCGAGCAUCCUCCCGGCGGGAGCGGGUGCGUCCUCCCCCGGCGCCGUGGUGCGGUGCUUCGCGACCCAGCCGGCGACGUCCUCGCUGCGGGACUCGUCCCCGAACUGGAGCAACCGCCCGCCCAAGGAGACGAUCCUCCUUGAAGGUUGCGACUUUGAGCACUGGCUCGUCGUCAUGGAGCCGCCACCUGGUGAUGCCUCCAACCCCGACAUAAUGCGCGACGAGAUCAUCGAUAGCUAUAUCAAGACUCUCGCCCAAGUCGUCGGAAGGAAGAAGCUAGGCAAAAGAUAUAUAUCGACCCGUCAUUACUUCGCUUUUGGUGCCCUUGUACCUGAGGAACUUUCUUACAGACUGAAAGAGGUGCCCAAGAUCCGCUGGGUUCUUCCUGAUUCAUACUUGCAUGUGAAAACUAAGGACUAUGGAGGAGAACCCUUCAUAAAUGGGGACGCUCUUCCUUAUGAUCCUAAAUACCAUGAGGAGUGGGUGAGAAACAAUGCCCGUGCCAAUGAAAGAAUCCGGCGCAAUGAUAGGCCCCCGAACGACAGGUCAAGGAACUUUGAGAGAAGGGAGAACAUGCAGAACUACCAGAACAGGUCAACGAACUUUGAGAGAAGGGAGAACAUGCAGAAGUACCAGAACAGAGAUGGGCCUCCUGCUCAGGGUUUCAAUGGCCCCCCACCUCCACCUGGCCAGAACCAGAUGCCACCUCACCAUGGUCAGGGCAACAUGCCUCCGUCGCCACCACCACCGCAUGCUGGUGGUGACCAACCAAACUAUCAGCCCCAAAUGCCAAACCCACAGGCUGGCUACUACCAGCAAGCUGGUGCUCCUCACUACCAGCAAGGUGGUGCUCCGGGGUAUCAAGGUGGUAAUCAAGGUUACCAAGGGAACCCAGGGCCGGCCUACCAAGGUGGUAACGCUGGCUACCAAGGUGGCCCACCUGGCUAUCAAGGAGGCAACCCCAACGCACCGCCAUACCCGGGUGGUGGCAAUUCUAGCUACCAAGGUCAAUGA